UUCCUGGCAGGAGAGAAGAGGUGCUGGAACUGGGCGGGGGUGGGGGGCGGCUGGCACAGGGCGACGGGCCUUUGUGACAGGCGCCUUGGCUGCCUCCUUACCCAAGGCAGCCCACAGCAGGGCGCUGAGCGGGAUCCCAGCAAACAGGGGGUUCAUUGUGUCUGCCUGUGUCUGUAGCGCCUCUCCCUCCCGCCCACCCGCCUCCCUGGCCCCGCUCUGCCAGCCUUUUAUCCCCCUUGCCUUGGGCUUUUUUUAAAAAAAUUUUAUUUAUUUUAUUUAUUUAUUUUUGGCUGCAUUGGGUCUUCGUUGCUGCGCGUGGGCUUUCUCCAGUUGUGCUUGCCUUGGGCUUUAUAGGGCAAUAAAAAGGGAGGAAAGAGACUCCUCCAGCAGCCACCGGGGCCCCAGUGGGGACAGGGAGGGGCCCCCACAGGAGAAAGAGCUCUCAGCAUCCUCUGGCAUCCCCAAACUCUUCCAUCUCAGGAACAAUUCUAAAACGGUGGCCCCAGACCUCCUGCGGGUCCCUAAGGCCCUUUUAGAGGGUCCUCCACCGUCUUCCUCUUCCAACUACAUAUCUGUCAGAUUUUCUUCAGAUACUUCAAUCAAAACAACAAAUCCCAACAGGUUGAAUGCAGAAGCAGAUGUGAAAACCCAGCCAUCUUCUAGUUCUUCUAUUAAGCCCAACAUUAAAUAGAUUCCCCAAAGGGUAAAGCCGUGCCACUCUUCCCACUGUACUGUUGGGAAAGGAAUUAUUUUUCGCAAAACUAUGCUUUGUUAACAUGUAAUAGGUUUAUUGUUUUUUUAUUUUUAAAUGAACCUAUUAAAAUAUUCUGUUUCUAUUUCUCAUAUAGCAAAUAUUGAUAUAACUUACAUAAGAAAAGCUCUUUGGGGUGUUCAGUAAUUUUUGCGUGUAAAGAGGUCCUGAGAUAAAUGUUUUGAAAACUGCUGCUCAGUGGAUAACUGUGUCUCCUCUGCCUCACCUCCACCUCACAUCUCCCCCACCCUGUCUGCCUCUUACUCCCAGUACGUUCUGCCCUGAUUCCCCAGGUGCAGCUCUUCUCCCCAAUCUCUUAAGCCCCCGUCUUCCAGACUCUACCACCCGUACUCCCCAAAUCUUAUCGUUGCCUUCCUUCCUGGUCUUUCUGACCCUCAUCCCUGCACCAGUGGAAACACAUCAGUCCCUCUGGCCGCACCCAUGAUUCUUUCCUCUAAUGCAGUAAGGCUGGGAGAGAUAAUUACGGGGUAAGAAUGUUGAGGCUUGGGGGAUCAAAGGAAUGGGAAGCUGGGCGGCGUCCUCCCUUAUGCAGCUGCAGCUGGGCUCUGUGUGUGGGCCGGUGGGUGGGGGAUUGUUGAGCCCACACUCAAACACCGCUCGCCAACUCUGGGCCAGGGCUCAAGGUCAAGGAGAGUGACCUUGACAGACUUAAAUGCACAGAAGGACAAAAGACAGAGAAACAGAAACAAGGAGAUGAGAGAGCAAAGAACAGCUUGAGACGAGGGGAGGGAGGGAAAGGAGUAGGAGGGGAAGUGACAGACGCUGACAGACAUCGGUUCAGGAGCGACAGACGCAGCUAAGAGUAACAGACCAACGCUGCGGGAAUGGAGAACACCCUUAAGGCAAGAGCAGGCUCUAGUAGGAGACAGGGAGGAUGUGAGAAUUGUGAGAACAGGGUCCCUGCUAUGUCAGUCUGCCAAAUCUGGUCCCCCACCCUCAGAUUCACUCCCUAGGUGUGUUUGUUUACUGCUCCCUCCCUGUCUCACUCAGAUGCUCCAUCUCUCCAACUCUAGGAUCUCUGGGUGCAGAUCACAUUCUCCCAGACUCCUGAGCCCCGGGUCCAGCCAUGGGCACCUCCAGCAUCUUCCUCUGCAUUCUGUUCCUCGGUGGGGCACUGGAUAAGGGUCUCGCCACUUCCCCUGCCCGGAGACGCCACUGUUACACCUGCAACUUCGCCAAACCCUGCUACCCUGUUCCUACCGAGUGUCAGGAUGAUGAAGUUUGUGGCAUCAGUAUUGGUACCUCAGAGAACAGUGAGGUCAUCGAGCGGAAAGCCUGCCUCCCAAGGACCCGGCGCUCUCUGCAGGGCCAUGCCACCUACCGGUCACUCUCCUACACUCCUCGGCACCACUGCUGCGAGCAGGACCUGUGCGAUGCAGCCACCAUGCCGCAUCGGCUCCCCAGGCUCCUCCUUAUCACCUCGCUCAUCCUCGUGGCCAGCCUCACCUGGGGAGCCCACCUCCUCCACCAGCCUGCAACCCAAGACUCUUCCACUAUCGCCAUGGCCCUGGAAACACCUGCACACACUUCUGAGAUCUGCCCAAGAACCUGAUCUUGUACAGAGACCUCACACCCCUUGGGCCCAGCACCUUCACGGACCCCUCCCCAGACCCGAUUCCUACAGGCACUGCUCUAGCCUCUUCCUGCCCAGAGGCACCUACCCGGAGCCCAGCCUC